AGCGCGUACAGAGCACAAUUUCAAUAAAAUCGCUAUUUCUUUUCAACUCGAUUAGGAGGACUAUAUGUGACAGAGAAAAGAAUUCUAUUCAAAGUCUUUUUACUCUUUCUAAAUUCUCGACACUCUGCAAAUGUCAUGAGUAGUCUAUACUUACUAUGUCUAUGACUCUUGUCGACCCUUAAACUAGUUAUUAUAUAUAUACAGUUUAUUUCUAUUUUAUUUUUUUUGUUUAUUCUAAAUGUAACUCGCAGGAUCACGAUUAAAUGUCGUUAUUUAUAUAUUUUUGGAAGCACAAAUUGCUCCAAAAUGAUUUCCUUUACACGGAUGAAAUAUCAUUAUAUUUCCGCAAACAGAAUUUUUGGGUUAAACAAAAUUGUGCAUUAUGUCAAAGAAAAUCAUUUGUCUCUUUGAUGUGGAUGGUACACUUACUGAACCACGACAGCCAAUUAAUCCCCAGAUUGAAAAGUUUCUUUUGGAGACUGUGAAAAAAGAAUUUGACAUUGCAAUAGUUGGAGGAUCUGAUUUAAGCAAGAUUCAAGAACAACUAGAUGGUAAAAAUCUAUUUGAAAAAUACAAGUAUGUUUUUGCAGAAAAUGGUCUUAUUGCUUUUAAAGACGGCAAAGCUUUGCCAUCACAAUCAAUUCAAGAUAUGCUUGGAGAAGAUAAUUUGCAGGAUUUUUUAAAUUUUGUCUUACGAUAUAUAUCUGAACUGAAGUUGCCAUUUAAACGUGGGACAUUUGUAGAAUUCCGGACAGGCAUGAUGAACAUUUCGCCAGUAGGACGCAAUUGCAGUAAGAAAGAACGUGAACAAUUUUAUGAAUACGAUAAUGAACACCAUAUUCGUGAGAAAUUCAUACAAGCUCUUAAAAAGGAGUUUCCUGAUUUGGCUUUGGCGUACAGUAUUGGAGGACAAAUCUCUUUUGAUGUUUUUCCUAUUGGUUGGGAUAAAACGUAUUGCUUGCGUCAUAUCCAGGGAUAUGACGAGAUACAUUUCUUCGGUGACAAAACGGUUGAGGGUGGCAACGAUCACGAGAUUUACGAGAGCAAUUUCACCAUAGGACACCGUGUUACUUGUCCCAAAGACACUGUAAAUCAACUGAAAAUUCUUAUGACGCUUGUAAAAGAGAACAGAGAGAAGGAACAGCUCAGUGUUUCAAUGCAUUGCGCCUAAUAUUAAAAAUUUAAAAUUGAAGUAUUUUUCUAGAUAAAUUUAUACUUUCACUUUGGUAUGUACAUUGGUAUGUACGGACAACUCUGAUUUUUUUUCUUUUUUGAAUUUUUUGAUCACAGUACAUUCUUAAUAGAAUUAGUACUGUUAUGUCUUUGAGUAUAUUUUAAAACUUUUUUAAAUACAAUUUCUGUUUCCGCGCAUUAUUUAGAAAUAUGUUUGUAUAUAUACUCUUUUAUGACUGUUUUAUUAUAAUCAAUGUUAUACAGAAAUAUAAAUGUUCAAUAAAAAAAAUCGAUAUUGUCGAUAUAACAAUUUAUGUUCGGAAUAGAUUCUACCCGAGAAAUCUCUCUCUCUCUCACA